AUUUCAGGUAACAGAUAACAAUGAACCUAAAAUGAAAGCUGCAUUGGAAAAAUUUGAUCUGCUGUUGAACAAUAAACUAUUUUUGAAGACUCUUGUCCAAACAUUAGAUCGUAAAAAUAUGCUUACAAUGCAGGAAAAGGCGCAUUUCUCCUCUGUUUUGUCGAUCGCAUUGCUUGGAAACAUGAGACUAUUGUUUGAUUUGGUAAACUGUUUGCUAGCAGAUAUGAUUCAUUCAUCUACCAAAAAGCAACACAAGGUGUUAUUCAGAAGAUUUGACUCUGUUACCCUACGACUGAUGACUAAUUGGUUGCAAAUAGGACUUUAUGGACAGUUAACGGUCCACAGUGGUAUGCACCUGUUUAUGUUAUACAAAGCUGUACAAACGAUAAUAGAAAUGUCUCCAAUAGAUGCACUUACUGGUAACGCAAAGAACACCAUUGCAGAAGAGAAGUUAUUGAAAAUGAGGAUUGAACAUCAACCGCUUACAUUGCAAAUAGACCUGAAUGGAAAUAGUGACGAGCAUUAUCCUGUGAGGGUCAUCGACUGUGAUACAAUAUCGCAAGUGAAACAAAAAUGCUGUGCACAGAUUUAUAAGAAUAAACCAGCUUCAGAAAGACCACGGAAUGAUGAACUUACUUUAGAAUGGCAAGAAGGAAGCGCAGGGAAACUUAUACUUGAUGAUAUCGAUAACAUCAGUGAUACAAGCAAUGGAUUGGUACGCCUAAAUACCUUGAAACAUUAUAUGGUCAAAGACAACUGUAAAAUGGCCCUUAUGUACAACCACCAUGACGAUCAGGAGGUUUAUGUUAACUCUGCUACCUACCGAACAGAAAGUAUUGCGUCAGAGGAUAUUACGUUACUGAUGCCGGACAGAAAUGAAAUGGAAAGUGUUGAAGUUCAAAAAUGGCACCUACAAAAUGAUAUUAGAAGGAAUAACAGGAAUAUGAAUGCAAUAAAUAGUUUCCUCAAUAUACUUGGUGGUAGAAAAGCUCUGGGAAUAUGA